UCGUCAAGUGUCAACAUCAACAAGAACAGAAAUUUGAAAUUUGAAAGUGAUUUGAUGUCUGCUCGCAAUUGGCUAUGUGAAGUACCUCAAGUACCAAAUAAUGCUUCUACGUAAAACCAGGAUCUAAACUAAAAUGUCAUGUAGUCUUGGGAAUUUGUUUAAAAAUAGAGUCAUGAAUAAGUUCUUUAAAAGUGGUUUAACAAGUUUUUUCUAAUCCGACGUGGAAUCUUUCUCCUCUGAAAUUAUACGAAAAACAAGUUCUUCAUUCUUAACGUGAAUUUCUUCAGUUUAUCCUACGAAUGAAAAACGAUAAGUUCAAGCAUUUAAAAAAUAUUUUCUUAUUUUUAUAUAUAAUUGCUUUAAUUACCUUUUAAUAUCAAGUUAAUUAUCAGGCCAGGCAAUGACUAGUAAUUUGUCCGGUCGGCUUCAUGUUAUUGUUCCGUUUGUCCGAAGAGUAUUUAGAGAAAAUCAAUGUUUAUAUCCAUUGAAAAAAAGGAUCUUUUCAAGAAAAUUUAGCUCAGCAUUUUUAAACAGAUAUCAGGAAGAUAAAUAUAGUGAAUUAAGAAAUAGAUUGGCAGCAGUACCAUAUUUAAAUCUACUAGAUAAGGAAGUAGAUUGUGUUCACCAUGACUUGUGUAAUGAGAAUGAUGAGAGAUUGAAAGAUGCUCUAAAAUGGUGUUCAAAGGUUUUUAAUUAUAAUGCUCGAAGUGGCAAGAAGAUUCGUGCUGUUGCCCUUCUGAAAGCUUACUGUACUUACGGUUUUAACAUUGAUGAUGUUGCUUGGAAACAAUGGGAUUCAGAUAACUGGAGAUCAGCUGUCAUAUUAGCAUGGUGCAUUGAAUUGCUUCAGGCAUAUUUCAUCAUACUUGAUGAUAUAAUGGAUCAGUCUGUUUUGCGAAGAGGAGAACCAUGUUGGUAUAAAAAACCAGAUGUUGGACUGUGUGCUAUAAAUGAUGCUUUGUUGCUUCAGUGUGGUAUUUAUAAACUUCUUCAAAAGCAUUUCGUGGGUUCAAAGUGUUAUACAAAUGUGCUUCAUGAAUUCCUUAAGGUAACUCAUGAAACAGUGUAUGGGCAGUGUAUAGAUAUGAUGUUUAAUCCAAUAAAUCAAAAGCCAAGCUUUGAUAAGUUUACUUUUGAAAGAUAUCUAACUCUUACAGAAUAUAAAACAGCAAAUUACACCUUCCGCCUACCUGUUCAUCUUGCCAUGCAUCUUGCUGGUGGUUAUUCGAUAAAUGAAUUUGACUUUACUAGGAAGCUUUGUUUGAAGCUUGGGUUGUAUUUUCAAAGCCAGGAUGAUCGCUUAGAUUGUUUUGGCAAAUCGGAGAUCACUGGAAAAUUUGGGAAUGAUAUACGUGAAGGAAAGUGCACAUGGUUUUCAGUGAAAUUUCUUGAAGAAGCACCAGAGUCUAUGAAAAAGAUAUUUUUAGAAAAUUAUGGUGUUGAUGAUAAAGAUGCCACUGCUAAAGUUUUUGAGCUAUACAGGAAAGCAAAUUUAUUAGAAAAAUUUGAAGAAUUUGAUGCACAAUUAUGCACAGAGAUAAGUACUUUAAUAGAAUCAAUGAAUGAUAUCAAAGGAGCUCUUUUCUAUGAUCUAUUUGCUCAACUCCGGAACAGAGAAAAAUAAUUUUGAUUUCAUUUUAAAAAUGAAGUCUUAUAUUGAAUUUUCAGUAUUUAAAAGUUACCUUUUCAUUAUUAUGAAGUAAUGUCUUAAAUGAAGACAUACAGGGUGCAGGGCAUUAAUUUUAUGAAUUCAUAACUCUAUAUUUAUAAUUUUGAAAAUGUAACCUAACAAUACUUAUGUAUAUGCAUUAUGGAGAUUCUUUGUUUACUAUAAUUUAUCUAUAUUUUUUUCAAUGGAUCAUCUUUGUUUCCUGGUUGUUCUUAUAAGUAUGGUGCUUAUAGUGAAUCAUACAGUAGUGAAAUAUUAAUUUAUAUAAAUAUGGAGAUUCUUGACAUAACUCUUAAAAUAUUUUUUUUAAUGAAUAAAUUGAUAAAAUUCGCUCAGCAAUGUUUCAAAGUGACUAUAAAUAUAUUAUAUUUAGGUUAUUCUCUAUAAGAUAUAACAUUUUUUUCCAAUAUUAUAAUAUUGAAAUUAAUAAUUAAAAGUUUUUGAAUUUGAAGGUAAUUCGGUUAACCAACUAUAACUAAAGUUUAAAACAAUGUGUAACAUAGUUUAUAAGAAUUUCUGUAUGUAUUUGCAUUUUUAGGUAAAAGCUAAUAAUAAAAAUAUU